UAAACCCGAUGCGCAUACGAUGCUCUGCCAUGUCGCCUGUCAAAGUCCGAUCGUUUACAUCAUCUGAUAAUGGGAGCAUAAUUACAGGGCACGAUGUUCAAGCAUUCGAUUAUCCUCGCUCUGCUUUCUCUGUGGAUGGCACAACAAGGCGAUGGCCUGUCAAGACAAAAACGCGUGAUUGGCGGGAAAAUGGCGGGAGAUGGAGAAUGGCCGUGGUUGGUCAGUUUGCAUGGAGAAGUUGUCACCAAGAAACUCUUUUGGUUUAUUCCUAUUCCUAUCGCCCACAAGCAUUUUGUAUGUGGCGGAUCUGUGCUGAAUGAUAGAUGGAUCCUCACUGCCGCGCACUGUUUCCACGACAGAAAUGGUGGAUCAGAAAAAAGGAACCCAUCGAACUGGGAGGCCAAACUUGCGUCCGCGUCCUUGAAGUCCAAUCCCCUGGAAAAGAUCAAGAAUUUCCUGGGGAAGCUGUUUGACAAGGAAUCGUGGCGAUACUGGGAGGUGGAUGUUGACCGGAUAGUGCUGCACCCCCAGUACAGCGAUAACAAUUUAUGGGAGCAUGACCUAGCACUGGUGCGCUUGUCUCGGAGCGUGCCCUCUGGUCCUAAAUACGACAAAAUAAAGCGCAUCAUCCUGCCCUCUGUCGACAAUGUGUCAUUUCCGGGCAUUGGAGACGACUGCGUCAUGAAAGGCUGGGGAUGCAAGUCUGGAGGUGCCAAGUUGUCCUUUGUUGCUCACAGUGUUUCACUUCCUGUUUAUGACAGGAAAUCCUGUGCGCAGAUAUAUGGAACUUCCGAUAUAGGCAAAAGAAUAUGUGCUGGAUAUCUUCAUAACGGCAAGGGCAUUUGCAAGGGUGACAGUGGAGGACCGCUAACAUGUCGGGACAAUGACGGACGGUGGAUCCAAGUGGGCGUGGCAUCUUUUUCCAGUCGGGAUAAACCCGGCAGCUACCCAGCUGUGUUCACACGUGUAUCGGCAUACCUUGAUUGGAUAAACAAGACAAUAAAGGGAUGAAUAAUUCAAUUUGAGUAUAUAGAAUAAAUUCUGUCAUAAUAAAGACUCUUUACAGUAUUUAUUCUGGUCAUGAAUCACUCAAACAAACUAUAUCUCAAGAUCAAUAUUAAAUACGCAAUACUAACUUCAUUAUGAAUAUAAUCAUUAUAAACAAUAACUACUGAAUAACUGAUUGAUUUUGUUCUAACCCCUUUUAUCAUUUGCAUUUGUUGAUACUAAUAAU